CACUCUUCUUGAUAAAGUCACCAGUGCCCCCACUUGCUACAUCCCGUAGAAGCUCUUUUGUCUUGAUCUUACUUGACCUCCCAAUAGUGUUUGAUUUAGUUGACCAUUCCCUCUUUCCUGAAAUGGUGGCUUUCCUUGUUCUCAGGGAUGCCACUCUCUCCUGGUAUUUCUUCCUACCACUCAGGCCAUUCUUUACAAGUUCCUUUGUCAGGUUCUCUUGCUCUGACUUAUAAAUAUCUGGGUUCUCCAGGGCUUGGUUCUGGGCUCUUUUCUCAUUCAACACUCUUACCCUUGGUGAUUUUCUCCACUCCCAUGAUUUCACUCACCAUCGCUAUAGCAAUGACACCCACAUAUUUAUCUUCAGACUACAUCUCUUAAGUCCAGCUGACCAUUAUAGAAAAGCUCACUCCAAGUCUCAGAGGCACCUCCAACUCAGUAGGGCCAAUGUAGAAUAUAUCACCUUCCCUUCCAAACCUUCUUCUCUACCCAGUUCAGGCUAGAUCAGAGGGCUUUUUGGCCAUCGCCUGCUGUAACCACACUCAUCUAAGUAGUUGCUGAAUAUUUGAAAACUUGCACUUCUCUCAAAUCCUAUUUAUUACCACCUUAGUCCAUACUACAAUUUCCUCUUACCUGAAUUAGAAGCAAAUGGACCCUAUAAGGUCUCAUUCAGAAGAUGUAGAUUCUCCUCUUAAUAACCUUCAAUUACUUCUCUUUGCCCUUAAAGUCUAAACAUUUUGCCUCUGCCCAUUUUUUCCAGUUCAUGUUAAACUUCUCUCCCUCAUGUAUAAUAUGCCUCACUUGUCAUGUGUCAUCUUUUAGUUCCUUAAACAGUUUAAGUCCCUUCCUACUUCAGAUACUCAGGAUACAAGAGGAGAUGGAGAAGCCAGAGGGUCCUGAAUAGGGCCCAGGGUCCAGCUAUGUUGAGCAUCAGUACAAAUCUACCCUUGCUUCAGAGACGUUCCCUCCCCUCAUGCUUUGCCAUUCUAAGAGGUCUUGAAAUAUGUGGCUCUUUCUGCCUAAAGUUCUCAUCAUCUCCCUCUUCAUUUGUCCAACUCCCACUCAUUCUUCAUGCCCAGCUGAAUGUCACCUUCUUGUGGAAGGCCCCCCAUCCCUACUCUGGAGUCUAGCCAUUUGAUUGAGCUCCAGCCUUUUGCCAUUAGACAGUCCUCCACAGGGCAGGGCCCUCUCUGUUUUUGAUCAUCAUUGUUUGCCUAGUACUUAGCACGAUUCUGGGCACGUCCAAAGUCCUUGUUAAGUAUUUGUUGAUUGAGUGAUUGAGUAUGUGCUUCCUAAACUUUUUGUAGCUAUAACUGGCUUCAUUUGUCUUCCAUCCCAUAGAAAGUAGAGGAUGAAUUCACUUAGGGGAAGAGCUACCCUCACAAACUAUAUGCCUGUUCGCAUUUAGCUUUUCCAUUUAUUAGAAAUCAAUCUCACUACCAAUCAACACUCUUCCAGGCAAGUGUGAACCAAAUCCCCCAUGGCUCUUGGAGUAUUUAAAAUGUCCUCUGUCACAGGGUAUCAGAAGAAGAAAGACUUUAACCAUUAUGUAAUCCAUACCUCUCAUUUUACAGAUGGGCAAACUGAGGCCCAGAGGAGAAAGUGAUUUUCCAAGGCACAUGAAAUAGUUAAUGGCAAAGGUGGAAUCUGAAGUCAAUUCUCUCUGUUAUUCUUCUCAAAUCAGCACCUAAUUCCUUGACUCAGAAUUGCAAGAAAUUCUCAUUUGCAUGGAGAUGGGGAGUUUAUUCUUCCUAGAAGCUGCAUGUCAAGACCCAGAAGAAAGAGGAAUUUCUUAAUAAUGAUUAAUCAGCUAUAUCUCAAAGAAGCAAGAAAAGAAAACAAUUAAGGAAAUGAGAUACUAAGGAAACAGAGGAGAAAAAUAAUCUCCCAAAGGCGGACCCACCCAGUAAACUUUGACAACAUUUCCUCUUAUCCACCUGCAUAAAAGUGACCAGCCCUUUCUGAGUGGCGAAGAGCAGACAGAGGAGACACAGAAGCGGCCUGGAAGCACCUGGUGAGAGGACAUGAAGGCACAGCGUGUUUCCCUUUGGCUCGUGGCUGCUAUGUUCUUCCUGGGCUCAAUGCGCACCCGAGGUCUGAGGAGGUGUCUGAUUUCCAUGGAUAUACACCAUAUAGAAGAGGCUUUCCAAGAAAUCAAAAAAACCAUUCAAGCUAAGGACACCUUCCAAAAUGUCACCAUUUUGUCCACAUCGGAGACGCUGCAUAGCAUUAAGCCCUUAGACGUAUGCUGCAUGACCAAGAACCUCCUGGCAUUUUACGUGGACAAGGUAUUCAAGGACCAUCGGGAGCUGAACCCUCAAAUCUUGAGAAAAAUCAGCAGCAUUGCCAACUCUUUCCUCUACAUGCAAAAGGCUCUGCAACAAUGUCAGGAGCAGAUGCAGUGUCACUGCAGGGAUGAAGCCACCAACGCCACCAGAAUCAUCCAUGACAACUAUGAUCAGCUGGAGGUCCGGGCUGCUGCCAUUAAGUCUCUGGGAGAGCUUGACAUCUUUCUAGCCUGGAUUGACAAGAAUAAUCAAGGAACUUCUGCAGCCUGACGACCAGGAAGCUCACACCCCAGGGAGCAACAGCCCCGGUUGGGCUGCCUGAGGGGAGGUCCCCGUUUAUAUGCAGUUGAGGGUGUUUUGAAGAGACCUCUCUCCAUUUUGGAAUUCUCUCUUCUGGGGCUGGGGUAUUGCAGGGAAAAAUCUAGAUUUGAACAGAUCUCCGUGUGGGGCUGCAAGGCCCACUGGCUGGGCCCAGGCUGCCUGAUCCCACCUGAAAGCAGCCAAAUAGUCUGCCAUCAUUUUAUAAUAAAUGGGUCUGUGGAAAGUUUCCUGAGGGCCAUUGUGGCGGGAAUGGGUGGGCUCCCCCCUAAUUUAUUGUGCACUUGUUUAUCCCGUGUCUGUGAUGCGAGCUGAGCGAUGUCCUGUAGUGCAUAUUGUACGGACUGAUUUUCCUGAAUAAACUCAGUUCUCUGCCA